UGUACAGAUAGUGUUCGUUAAUUUUCGGUCGUAGCUACUUUAUCGUAAUAUGUAGAUAAAUAAUGUCUACGCGAUUUGGCGAGACAAUGUUAACGUUUUAUUGGAACUGUCCGUUCUACCUUAAAUAAUGCAGCAGUUGCAGUAUGUAACCAUUGAACCAUUUGAUGUGGAACGGACCAUUCGCAUAAGACGCCGUGUGUAUGCAGAAAUCUCGCGAGAGGAAGUGAGUCAGAUAGGGCUCGUUCGGUUUUCGGCUGACGACCGGGGGAGCUCCGCUACCGUCCCGGGUUUUCCGUUAAAUCUUCAUAUUAAAUUCCGAGCGUUUCUCGGGUUCGGAUGUCGGCCCGACCGGGCUCCGUCUCCCCACGGGAGGACGGGGAGCUGGAGGAUGGGGAGAUCUGCGACGACGAACCGCAGGAGGCGGUGUGCAGGCCGCAGGUUCGCCCGAGCUCAGCGCGCUUUCGUGCGUCUCUCAGAGCUCCGGGGCCAGCGGGAGAACCGAGCCCGAGAUCCAGCUUCUGGGAGCGGAGUCACGGAGCGCUGGUCCGGCUGCGGUACCGCGGAGGAGGCAGGGGGAGCCGGGGGGAGGGCAGGCCCCAUCCAGGUCGAUACAACCCCGGAGAAACCUUACAGUACGGCCGGAGAGACUCUCCUAACAGGAAGAAGCAGGGCUGCCGUCCGCAGAUGAGGAAGCCGGUGUAUGGUAUCAGCAAAGCAGAGAACGGUGUAGACGAGAGCUUUGAGGACCUUCUUAUGAAGUAUAAGCAGAUCCAGCUGGAGCUUGAAUCCAUUCGCAAUGAGGAGAAGAAGGCCCUGAAGCCCAACGAUGACUCUCUGCACAGGGAGCAGGAGGAGUCUGGAGCUGGCACGCCCACAAUGACUCCUGCAGAGGCUCCAUCUGAGCCCGAGAUUUUAGCGGAGAAAAUGCCAACUUCAGAAAAAGAGGAGAAGAAAGUGUUUCAGGCGUUUAACAUUCGACCCCUGCGACAGAAACUCCUGACCCUGGCUGAGCGGGAUGCUUCCAACACCAGAACGCCCACAGAGCCCAACAACAGAGAGCUUGAGAAAGAGGAAAAUAAGAGUCCUAAUCAGCUCACCAAUCUCAAUGAUGCUGAUGAGGACGAGUUGGAGUCUGAUUUGAAUAUCUCACUGAUGAGUAAAGAUUCAGAUGGAACUCCAACCAAGGUGAAAGGGAAGGAUGAGGAUGAUGAGUUGUCGGAGCUGCAGCUGCGCCUGUUGGCUUUGCAAUCAGCCAGUCGCCGCUGGCAGCAGAAGGAGCAGCAGGUGAUGAAGGAGAGCAAGGAGAAACUGAACCGGACCAAAACCACGAGCGACCGGACCAGCCCCAGCCUCAGCCCCAGCCCCGAAUGGUCACGUGUUACAACCAGGUCUGCCUCGGCAGGGAGGGGCCGGACCGGGACGGGGCCCAGAGGGCAAGAGAAAGGAAAACCUGCAGGCAGAGUGGGCACAGAGAGGGGCAAACCUGCACCCAAAGGGCACAAUACUAAGAAGACCAUUAGCCCAGGUCCUGCAGCGAAGCAGGCGUGGAGGAAGCAACAGUUGCGGACGUGGAAGCUGCAGCGACAGCAGGAGGAGCAGAGGCAGAGGUGUGAAGAAGAGGAGGAGAGGAGGAAGAGGGAGGACGAAAUCCGGCGAAUCAGAGACUUGUCCAAUCAGGAUGAGCAGUACAAUCGUUUCAUGAAGCUGGUGGGGGGCAAGCAGCACCGCUCUGGUAACAAGUCUGCAGAGGCUGACCGUAGGAAGCUGUUAAUGAAGCAGGGAGUUGACACUACAGGAAACCUGUACCAGUAUGAUAACUAUGAUGAGGUUGCCAUGGAUACAGACAGCGAAACAAAUUCUCCAGACAUCUCUCCAGUGCACGACCCAUUUGGAACUGUAGGGACCCCGUUUCUGGUUCCAGUGGUGAAAUUCCCUUCAGACUCGCCUGUCACGCAGGAUGUCUCUCAGUAUUGUGCAGACCUUCUGAACAUUCACUUGGUCCCGCCUCCUCCUCCCCCACCACUGCCCCCACCAGAUGAGGCAGAGCAGCCCCCAAAACCUCCCUUUGCUGAUGAGGAAGAGGAGGAGGAGAUGAUGCUGAGAGAGGAGCUGCUAAAAUCCUUAGCCAAUAAACGUGCAGUCAGAGUGGAGGACACCUCUGGUAACAGUGGCCCCCCGUCUCCAGCUGUCAGACCUACAGCUAAACCCACAGGUUGGAGCACUGCCUCCUCCAUUGGCAUUACCAGCAGCAGCUCUCACACACGCCCCAGCAAGUUCGGCCGUGGACACCAACCUUCCCGACCCCCCCUAGUGCUGCCCCGACACAAAGCGGUGGUUGUUCGUCUGAACGCGUCUGACGACAGUGACUCCGAGAGUGAGGCGUCCAGUUCAGCUCCGUUUGUAUUUGGGGGACUGGAGUCAAUGAUCAAAGAGGCGCGGAGGACCGCAGAGGCGGCCAAUCCCAGAGCUGUUUCAACAUCUGAGAAGGAGAAUAACCCCCUCAGGACCCCAGAGGUGCUACCUGAAGCUAAAAAGAUGGAGUAUCGCCUUUUGAGAGAGGAGCUUAACAGUCGUGAAAUGCAGCAGGGUGUGAGAUCAGAUCCGUCCCUGAUGGUGCCUGUAAGCUCUGAUGUGGACACAGCUGGGCUUCAGCUCAGCGAGGCUGAGGACCGACUCAACAAACACCGUGCUCAGCUGGCAAAGGACCAGGCACUGUUGCAGCACCUCCGUCAGCAGGAGCUCAGGAAGAAGGAGUCUCUGAAAGUGGUAGAGGCGAAAGUGGCCCGACUGAAGGAGCAGCUGCUGACGUCUGAGAGGAUUGUGAGUGCCAACCGGCUGCUGCUGAAAAAACUGCAGGAACAGGUUCAUCGUGUGCAGCACCGUGUAGCAAUAAAGCAGCACCAGGCACUGCGGCUGGAGAGAGAGGUUGUGUUAGCCCAGGCAGGGGUUGCACGAGGCAGCUACAAACGCAACAACACCAGCACCACCUCCCAGCUUCAGCCCUGUAAACGUCGGUAUGUGGACAGUUCUGAUGCUCACUACCUUGAGCUAAUCGCCCAGAAAAAGCGCCUACAACAGCUAGAGAGUGAGUAUGCCCUAAAAAUCCAGAAGCUGAAGGAGGCUCAGGCUCUGCGGCAGGCACAGGCCCCCGCGAGCCCCUACCAUAUCCCUCAGCCCAGCCUGCAUGACCUCACGCAGGACAAGCUAACGCUAGCCAGCGAAGACCCUGACCCCGAGGAGGAGGAACUUCAGCCAGCUGGAGCAAGCACCCGCCGUCGGUCAUUCAGGGAGUCUGGCUCCUUCACCAAACCCAAACUUAGUCACCCCGAGACCCCCACUACUCCCACCACUCCCACAACAGUGGCCAAGCACACCCCAAACAAUGUGGAACCCCCUCCUCCAGAGCUGCUAUUGCUGGGACUUAAUAUAGAGGAUCUGCACUUCCAGAAGGUCAAAACAGUGCCGGAGCUGCUGCAGCAUGAGCUGCUCUCACUCGGGGGUGCUCUAGGGAGCAUCCAGCCAAACCAGAAGGUGAUACAGUUGGAUUCUGACCCAUUGGCAGCUCAGCAGGUUCGAGGGGAUCUAAAGCCUGUUCCUUUUGGCCAGUAUCGCAGCCCACUUUUAGUGUUCAGGUCGUACAGGUUCAGUCCAUAUUUCCGCACUAAGGAGAAGAUCUCUCUCAGCUCCCUGACCUACAGCAACGUCCUCGAACCCAGAAAGAGCUUCUGCCGCUUUGAUCUGACAGGCACAUGCAACGAUGAUGACUGCCAUUGGCAGCACAUGAGGAACUGCACUUUAAACGGAAACCAGCUGUUUCAGGAUAUUUUGUCCUACAGUCUACCUCUGAUUGGCUGUACUGAAGAGAGUUCCACUAAUGAAAUAAGCCGAGCUACAGAAAAGUACAUUAAAAAGCUGUUUGGUGCAAAUAAGGAUCGGAUGGUAAUGGACCAGAAGGCAGUUCUUCUUGUCAGCAAGGUUAAUGAGAGUUUACGGCACGUGCCACCCUACACCACCUACAAGGAGAAGAGGAAGUGGAGGCCGGAGCCACAGAAAGAGGAGUCUGAGCCUGGGGAGAGCGAGGAAGAGAGCAGUGUUACUGUCCCUGCUCUACCACAGAGUGAUGGACAUUUCCUGGAGUGCUGGUUGGCUUCAGAUGUGUGUGUGACCCAAGAUGAUAAGCGGUAUUUUGACAGCGAGACUGACGACAUCUCAAACCUUGAGUACAGCGUACUGGAAAGCCCCAGAGAUGUCCAAUUGUGGAUAAAACUGGCCUACAAGUACCUUAACCAGAAGGACACCAGUGUUAGUGAGUGUCUGGAUGCAGCGUUGAACACGCUGUCGCGAGCCCUGGAAGAUAACCGCGAAGACGUGGAGGUGUGGUGUCACUACCUGUCUCUGUUCUCAAGGCGUGGUGGGCGGGAUGAGGUGCGGGAGAUGUGCGAGAUGGCUGUGGAACAUGCUCCACGUUAUGAAGUGUGGUGGACUUACCUGAAUGUCGAGAGCACGUUUGAUGGUAAGAACGCAGUGUGUAACAGCAUGCUGCAGUUCCUGCUGGAGUCUCCAGAGGGUUCCAGAGCAGAGGAACGAUCCUUCCAGCUGCUGGAGACGCUACUGUACCGAACUCAGCUCAGUGUGUUUACAGGCAGACUGCAAAACGCACAGACCACAAUGCAGAGUGCUCUGCUGUCAGAUGGUGCGGACAGUGUAUCUGGGGCUCUGACUCUGAGCCACCGCUGUCUUGCCUGGCUGUGUUAUAUCCACCUGUGUGAGUUUGGCAUGCUGCCCUCUCAGCUGUUUGAUCCGGCAAACUCUAACCCAUCCCGCAUUGCCAACUUGAAGCCCUUCGUCCUGCCCUGGAGCUCUAAACACGACCUGAACACCUCCCCGGACCACCUUGUCAGCCUGUUCCAGGACGCUCUGGCCCGCUGUAAAGAUGACUGCCUGUCUCCUGCUGGCUGGACGCUUGCCUGCCUCCCUCUCCACACCAACCUACUCAACCUGCUACGGCUGCUCAGAAGGCAGCAGGAGGCCAUUGCAGUAUGUGUGAGUGCUCUGAGCGAGUGUCCUCAGUGUUGCCCCCUGUUGGAGAUCCUGAGUGAGCUGCACGUGGAGGCCGGAGAGGUGGAUGAGGCGGUGGCAGUUUGGCUUCGUGCACAUUCCCUUUAUCCACAAAAUGCACAGAUAUUCUACCACCUGUACAAACACCUGCAUGCACAGGACAAACAGAAUAAGGCUCAGAAGCUGUUUGAGAAGUUUGUGUUGUCUUUCUCUGAGACAGUUCAGACUGAUUUCUCCCCAAUCACAGUACUUAGACAUCUCCUCGGCCUCCCUGUGCAGGCCCUGCAGAAAGUGCCUCCUCCUGUCAGGCCUGAACUACAGCUGGAACUGCAGAAACAGCUUCCAUACCUCAGCCUUGUACAUUGUGUGUGGCAGUGUAUCUGGGGCAGUGUGGGGGAUGCGGUGGACGCGUUUGAGGCGGCACUGGGGAGUGUCUCCAAAACAGAAGUUCUGCAGAAGCUGUGGCUGGAGUAUCUUCAGUUUACUGUCAAUAAGGUGGUGGGGGUCCAGCCAGGGGGCCCCGAGCUGCGCAUGUUUACUGGUCUGCUGCAGCGUUGUCUGGCAACCGUACCUAGCAGGGUCACUCUACCAUACAACAGUGCCACCUACUGGAGCUCAUUCACUUUCCAUAACCAGGUGAUCUCAUUUUUCCUGAGCUGUCUCCCAGUGUCUCUGCACGGUGCUGUGCUGGAGAGACUCAGACACUCAAUGCCCACCAACACAGAACUGGCCCUCAGGGUGCUGUUACAAGAGUGGAGCCAUGGAAACACUGAACAUGUCAAGCUGCAGACCAGAAUGCUGAUCUCCAGUGCACCCUACUGCCUGGCUGGCUGGAAGAUAGCGAUCGCUGUGCAGAAGGAGCAGAGGGGCCGAGUUGAGGUGCAGAGGCUGUAUCAGCAGGCUCUUCAGAAGCUGCCGCUGUGUGCUGCUCUGUGGAAAGAUUGGCUGCUGUUUGAAGCUGCAGGUGGAGGUAAAGCUGAUUCGCUGAGGAAGUUGUUGUCUAAGUGCCAGGAUGUUGGCGUGAGUCUCAGUGAGCCGCUCAGAUUAGGCCCUACCUCCUCAGAUGCUUAGGUGGACCCAUGAGGCCCUUCAGUCUGCAGACACACGCCAUUCACCCACACACACACUACACCCACCCUAUACCCCACCCCCCCCACCCCAAUUCCCCUUCCCAUCACUCAGCUGCAGCAGGGUACAGCAGGGUGUGGUCAUCAGGGGCUCUAGAGGAGUCUGUCUAUUUGAAGAGUAUGAACUCCAGCUCAGCCACUGUGGGGCGCUGUUUCCACUGUGCCGCCGUCCUCUACGUAAGUAUGGAGCUUCUCUAAAACUGCUGCUCUUUUGCUCUUUGCUUUCACUCUCUGUCUCGUCUGUGUUUUGUUUUUUUAUUUGGUUGGUUGGUUGUUGUUUUGGUUUGUUUUUAUGUUCUCUUUUGCUUGAGUGGGGGAGUGGAGCGAACUGAGCUGUAGCAAAGUUGACAGCAUUUUAAAAGAUGGCUUCUCUCCUGUAGACAUUUAUGUGUCUCCUGCUGUAGUCGUACGAUGGAUCAGAUUGACUCUUAGCUUCAGAACUUUAAUUUUUUUAAGGGCUUAAAAUUGAAGGUUGAUUGCCAUGGAUACUUAUGGCUGCCAGAAGUAUCAGUGCCCAGUGCAGUUCUGAAGACUGACGCAGAGACAGCCGGACACCGCUGGAGUUCAGAAGUCACCUGUGCUAAAAUGUUUUUGGGUGUUUUUUUUUUUUUGUGUCAAAAAUAUCAGUAGUGAAAGUAUUGAGGCGAAAAAUGAACUGUUUUAUUUUCUAAUUGAAAAUGUUUCUAUUAAAUUAUUUUGUAUA